AUGGAAAGCUAUACAAAGGGCAUCUCCCCUCCUCUCUCUGCAUUCCUUUGCUUUCGUUUUCUGCACGUCCAGUCUGCUCUGCGCUCUCCAGACAACAAGCUCUGUAUUGCUCGUUGUUUCUACGACUCUUUUCGAUGCGAACUGUCGGGGGCAAAGCGAAGUUCGUAUUCACCAGAGAAAACCCUUCGAAUCUCCGCCAGGCAAUUCGUUACAGGAAUAUUUUUCAGGUACGAUAUGAUCAUACGAAUGUGGGUUGAAGGAUCUGGAGAUCGGAACUUGUUCUAUUUCCUGUCUUGUUUUGUCGAUCGUAAUCGUAUGAUUGUUUGCAAUCUGAAUAUAAGCGGAGCUUCUUCAACCUUAGCGAUAUCAGGAAGAAAACCUGUCAAUGGAUGUGACAAUAAGCGUUUGAAGGUGGACAUAAAUGGCAUGUACCGUAAGGUUGUUGCAAAAGCAUGGCAAGAUACUGAAGAGGAAGAGUUUGAUUGGAGAGAAAUCAUUCCAAGUUCACAAUAUCACAGCCAGAGGAAUGGUCUAGUUUCAUCAUCCAGUACACCUCUUGUUGCAGAUUCAGUUCCAAAUAAUUUGGUUCCAGCUGCUGCUGCAGUUCCAGCCGUGGUUUCCAGCCCAUCUCUCACACCUCCCUAUACUCGUGGCACUAUCACAGCGAACAACUAUGCCAUGAUCGAUGCCCUUCCAAAUCCAAUUCCUCAAGUCCAUCCAUCUAUGUCUAUGAACAAUGCUCCAAGCAGUAUCAGCUCUAUGAAUUUGCCACCUUUACCGCCAGGGCCUCGUCCUGCUUUUUCACAAAGCAUGCCCAUGCCACACAAUCCAGUUCCCAUUUCCUUUAACGCUCAAGUUGGGGGUGCACUCUCUGCUUUUACUAGUUCUCGCAAUGGUGAACGCUUAAUCUCAUUUACAAAUCGAGCUCCUGUACAGGAUCCUGUGCCGCAGCUGCCGCUUGACUUCAAUCCUAAUUUUCUUAAGAUGCAUCAUGAGUCUGUACUAAAUGCUUUAUAUGCCGAUCUAUCAAGACAAUGCGGAAGGUGUGGUUUUCGUUACAAAUCCCAAGAAGAGCAUUACAAACAUAUAGAUUGGCACGAGAGGAAAACCCAGAUUUGCAAUAGCCGUAAGGGUAGCAGCAAGGAGAAGCCUUCUCGGCGAUGGUAUGUAAGCGCUGGCGUUUGGCUUGGUGGUGCAGGAGCACUGGGAACUGAGAGUGUGGUGAACACGAAGGAUGAUCAAGAAUUUGCUGUUCCUGCCGAUGAUAAUCAGACCACGUGCGCUCUCUGUGGAGAACGUUUUGAUGACUUUUUCAGUGAAGAGACUGACGAUUGGAUGUAUAAGGGGGCUGUGUACAUGAAUGGUCCCGGCGUGGAUGGGUCUCUGUUGGGUCCCUUAGUGCAUGCUAAAUGCAGGUAG